AAUUCAAUUUACCUCUUAACCGAACUAAACUAUUCUCGCGUGUGCCGCCGGGUAUUGUCAACCCGUCAUACGUAGAUAAGUACGGGCUUGACCAGUACUCGUCACAUACAUGCGCGCGCGCGCGCGCAUACGUAGAUACAUUAUAUGUUCAUACAUAGUAGAUUACCAAUGUAAUUAAAAAUAUUUUGAAUGUCGCAUUAAUAUUAUAAAAAUUGGUAACAUGUAAGAAAUUAUUAACAUUCUCAUUUGUGGACAAACAGAAAAUGGUAUAUUGAAGUGAAAAGAAACCCUAGUGUGCUCAAAAAUUCAUUACUUUGAGAGAUAUUGCUUCUUAUCUGUAAGAUAGGGAGUGUCCUUCCACACGAUUACAUUGUUCAUAAUGGUUUACCUUAACAUUUGAAUAAAACACAACGAUAACAGCUAUUGUGCAUUUGUGAACUACUUGGUUGCGUAACAUUGCCAUUAAUGUUACAACUCGGUUAGCAGUGUGGUGGUUUGUCUUCUUGUGCGGUGAAGGACGUGGAUCUGUCUAGUGCGAGUUGCUGGUAUCAGAGUGAAAAGCAUAUAAUAAAGCUCAAAGAAAAGAAUGGAAGCUGCUAUAGCUGGACGUAGGCGGACCACCGCGAGGCAUUCGGCAGAGGAUCAAGCACUUGAUCAGAUAGCCAAGGAGGCAGAAGCUAGAUUAGCUGCAAAGAGACAUGCAAGAGCUGAAGCAAGAGAAAUACGAAUGCGUGAAUUAGAAAGACUACAAAAAGAGGCGGAGGAGAAUGCGGAUAGAGUUUAUGACAUGUGUUCGGCCGACGUAAAUAGGACAAUGAGAGUAACUCCAGACUCUGUAAGGACGACGCGCCUCCUUACAAAUUCCAACAAUUUUCAAUCCAGUCGUAGGUCUUCCGAAGACUCUUUAGAAGAUGCAGGUCUAAGUAGAGAUCUCAGGUUAGAACUAAAGGAGUUUGAAGAGAAAUUUAGGAAGGCUAUGAUAGCCAAUGCUCAGUUAGACAAUGAAAAGUCUUCUUACUCCUAUCAAGUUGAUUUAUUGAAAGACAAGUUGGAAGAAUUAGAGGAAACAGUUGCACAACUUCGUAGAGAACUUAGAGAGAAGAAUCGAGAAUCUGAACAGUUGAAAAGAAUCAGUCAAAGAUUGAAAGAAGAUUUAGAUAUAUGUCAUGCACAAUUAAUAGAAAGAGACGCGCUUAUACAAGAGAACGGUUUAGUUAUUCUUGACGAUGAGGAGAGUGAAAACGAAGAUAACGAUAUUGAAAACGGUCCGCGUCCAAGACGAAGAGUACUAGUCAGUACAGAAGCAGCAGAGUUGUUGCAAAAUGCUGGGAAAGGUUCAUUAGAUGUCCGGCUGCGAAAAUUCGCUUCUGAAAAAAAGGAAUUACAAGAUGAAAUUCGGCAUUUAAGAUUGGAAUUAGAAGAAUCCAGGAAUCGCAUUAGGUCCGAGAAAUCACCUGGUUCAGUAUUAGGUAAGCGUUCACUUCGACAUGUGACAUUUUAUUUCCUUUCAACGUUGUGGCAUUUGUUGCGUACGACAGGUUGUUUGUCAGAUUCCGAGGAUGUGCAACGAGAAGCGAAUAAAUUGUUAGCCGAUUACAAGUUCAAGUUACAGAAGGCAGAGCAAGACAUGUCGACUUUACAAGCCACCGUUGCCAGGCUAGAGAGCCAAGUAAUACGUUACAAGUCAGCCGCAGAAGCGUCAGAGAAGGCGGAAGACGAAUUAAAAGUUGAAAAACGAAAACUUCAAAGAGAAGUCAGAGAGACCCAAGGCCGCGUCGAAGAAUUAGAGACUGCGAAUUCACAUUUACAAAGGCGACUAGAUAAACUUAAAAACGCAAAAUCAGCUCUGUUGAAAGAACUUUGACGGGCCGAUUUCUUUGGAUCCAUACAAUGAGUCUGCCAUUUUCUUCUCUAUUCUGCAAAAACCGUGUGCCGAUGUUGCCUCGACAUAAAUACUACUUAACACUUUAAAUAUAAUUUAUAGACAAAAAAAAGAAGAAAGAAACGUGGAAUAUGCAUAGUAACGUUAUACAAUUUUAACUGAAUUUCAAAGAAAAUAUUACGCGAGCACGAGAUCAUCAAAUGUCUACCUAGAAUGAUGUUUGUGCUUGUAUAAUUUGUGUUACUUAAACUGCUGUGAAAAAAAGUUGCUGUUUUGUAUUCAACAUGUUCUUUACGAUACUAACCGUUAUUCUGCAUUUCUCAGUCGGAGAGGGCGGGUGGAGGGAGAGGAUAAAAAAAGGGGGGGGGGGGAUUAACAAUCCUUUUCCAUGCAUUUUAAGCGUUGAAUUUGUAAACAGUUAUGAAGUCGAUUCGUAAUUUGUACAUUAUGUGACGAAACACGCUGGCUUGUACAUCAUGUGAUUAGAAAUAAUAUUCUCUAUGCUUCUAUUUACAUUAUUUCCCAUAAAAGGCAACAAAGGAGACGUAGAUAGAUAACGCUGAACAAAAGAGUAACAAAAUAUAUAUGUUUCUAAGACACAUAAUAAUUACAAUUCAAUGAUGUACACGUCAGCGGAAAAAGGUAAUUCUACGGAUAAGUGUAAUUUGUUUUUACAUCGAAUAAUUUAUAAAUAUAUUUCUAAAGAUGCGAGAUA